UCCCGCUCAGGUGCCGUGCCGGUGCCCGGGCAGCGCCGAGCUCAGCGGAUCGGGAUGGCCCGGCCCCGCCGCCUGCCCCUGCCUGCCCCCUGCCUGCCCCCCUCCUGCCACCCUGCCUGCCCCCUGGCGUUCUGCCUUUGCUGCCUGCUGCUCCUGCCAGCUGUGGCUCCUGGAGUCGGCCUGCUGCAGCCGGCAGCCCGCAGCAACUGGUGCUCCUACACGGUGACAAGGACAGUGUCAUGCCAGGUCCAGAAUGGCACCUUCCUCCAGAGGGUCUUCCAGGGCUGCCGCUGGCCCCUGGCCUGCAGCGGGGGCAGCAGCUAUCGCACGGUGGCCCGGCCCAUCUACAGGGUGACCUACAGGACAGUGACAGCACUGGAGUGGAGGUGCUGCCCCGGGCAUGCUGGAGCCAACUGCCAGGAAGAGCCUCAAAUCCUCCUGGCCCUACGGGACACGGGGCACCCAACCUCCCCACGCCGCCCCUCCCUGCGCCCCACAGCAUUCUCAGGGUGCCUGAACUGCAGCCAGGGGGACCUGACAGCCCGGAUCACCACCCUCGAGAUGCAGGUGGCCCGGCUGUCGGUGGCUGAAGCCCCCCCCCCAGCACCCAAGGGCAGCCCCCCGGGCAGGGGACAGGACCCCGGGCAGCUCUGGGGGGCUCCAGCUGCCCGCGGGAGCCCUGGGGAUGAUGGUAAGGGGCGGGGGGGGGGACCCCGGCUGGAGGGCCCCCCCGGCCCCAAGGGGGAUGCAGGAGGACGGGGACCCUCGGGUGUUCCGGGGUUGAAGGGUCCGAUGGGGCCACCAGGUCCCCCCGGCCCCCCAGGACCACCCGGCCGGGAUGGAGCCAGGGGCCCCCCCGGAGAGAAGGGCUUACCCGGCCCUCCCGGCCCCCCAGGACCCCCUGCUCCCCUGGGGCCAGUGAUACCCCACGGAGCCCUGCCCAGGGACCCCCUUCUCUCUAACACCUUCACUGAAAGCAUCGUGGGUCCCACCGGCCCACCCGGACCCGUGGGGCCAAUGGGUCCCCCCGGCCCCCCGGUCCCAUCGGCCCCCGGCCCCCCAGGACCCGAUGGUAGGGAGGGGGCACCUGGAGCUGCCGGCCCCCCCGGUGAGAAAGGAGACAGAGGGUCCCCAGGGCCCCCCGGCAGCCGUGGCCAGGCUGGGGCACAGGGCGAGCCGGGCCCCCGGGGCCACCCGGGUGACAAGGGCACUUGGGCCAGUAGCUUCCAAACCCUCCUGCGGCAGCAGGCCCAGCUGGAGGUCCUGGCUAGAAGGGUCACCUUGCUGGAAGCCAUCAUCUGGCCAGAACCAGAGCCUGGCUCGGGCAGUGCCCCCCCGGCACGGUGGCCCCCGGUCCACCCGUAGCAAGCGUGACAAUGGCCACCCCCAAUACCGCAUCGUGGCCCCCCCUCGGCGACCCCAAAGACAGCAGUGAGGGGGCGGCAC